AUGAAUAAAAAAGUUAAUUUACUUUACAUUUACUUUUUAUGUUUUUUCUCCCUUUUGCUACAAUUAACAUGGUGUGAAGAAAAGUCAGACAAUGUCCAAAACAUUUUUAAUAACGAACAUAAUGAGCCAACUGAGUCUGGAAGAAAAAUACGAAAAUUAAAUGAGAUUAUAGAAGAUGACAUAUCGGACGAAUAUCACAAUGAAAAUGAUAAAUUAAAGAAUUAUGAAAACGGACAUGCAGAUGAGAACUCUGAUGAUACUUUUCAUCAUGAACCUGAAGAAAUGAGUAGUGAUGAAAAUGAAAUAAAAUCUGACCACCAGGAAAGUGAUCCAGAGAAGCAGGAUCAAACUGUUUUCGGACAAGACGGUUCAGAGGUGGCACUUCGUGGUGAAAGUGGUCAGGCUGAUGCCACAAGUUCCGAAAAAGCUCCAGAAAAGGUAGAAGAAGCAGGGCAAUCUCCUCCAUCUGCAGCACCAGGUGGUCAGGCGGAAGCUGGUGAAACUUCAACAGGUGCAGGAGGUGGAGGUAGUACUGUUGGUAAUAGCGAUGGUAAUUCACAAGGUAAUACACAACAGGUAUCCCCACAACCCGCUGUUGCUUCAGGUGAACAAGAAUCUUCUCCUAAAACACAACCAGAACCCGCACGUGAAGCAGGUGUAAGCGCAGAUGCUUCUGAAGGAAGGACUGAAAAUCCAGGUGUCACACCUGUGGCAGCUGGAGUUGUUCAAAGUGAUCAACCGGUCGAACCUGCAGUAGUGACAACUGCACCUGUGGCAGUAACUGGUGGUGGAAGUGAAGCCAAAAUUAAAUAUCUGGAUAAACUGUAUGAUGAAGUUCUAACUACUUCCGACAACAGAAGUGGGAUAAAUGCCCCUGAUUAUCACAGUAAAUAUAACACGAUUAAGACGAAAUAUGAAUUAAGUAUGAAUCCAGUGGAAUAUGAAAUUGUGAAAAAUAUGUUUAAUGCUGGCUUUAAGAAGGAAGAUGAUAUGAAUACCAAUCCUCUUGUGGACAUUUUCAAAAAGGUACUUACAGAAGAGAAGUUCCAAAACGAAUUUGACAAUUUCGUGAGUGGUUUGUACGGAUUUGCUAAACGUCACAAUUACUUAAGUGAAGAACGAAUGAAGAAUGGGGGACAAGGCUACACUGAUCUGAUAAAAAAUGCGCUGACAUUACUCAACACAAUUGUAGUUGAAUGA